AUACACACACGCAUACAACCCCUAUAAAUACUACUAAGAAACCACGUGAAGCAAGCACCCGUGCUCUCGUCUUCCUUCCUCACAGCCUUCCAUCUUCCUCUACUCUAUCUACUCCAGCAUAUAUGGGUGGAUCUACUAACCUUCCUCCUGGUUUCCACUUCUUCCCCUCCGACGAAGAACUCGUCAUCCAUUUCCUCCGGCGCAAGGCGGCUCUCCUCCCAUGCCGACCUGACAUCGUCCCUACACUGCCUCAGAAUCGCUACGAUCCAUGGGAGCUGAAUGGCAAAGCACUUCAAGCAGGGAACCAGUGGUACUUCUUUAGCCAAGCAACACAGAGUAGGGCCUCACGAAAUGGGUGCUGGAAUCCCAUCGGUGCUGAUGAGGCAGUAAGUAGUGGCGGCUCUCAUGUCGGCCUGAAGAAGACACUCGUCUUCUCCAUUGGGGAGCCCUUUCAGGCGACCAAAACCAACUGGGUUAUGCAUGAGUACCACUUACUUGACGGGAAUGUGGGUACCAGCACUUCAGGUAGUUCACGCAAGCGGUCUCACAAGAAGAAAGGCCAACCAGACAAAGAAUGCAGCAAUUGGGUGGUGUGUCGGGUGUUCGAGUCGAGCUACGAUUCGCAAGUGACCUUCCACGAGGAGGACAUGGAGCUUUCAUGCUUAGACGAGGUGUUCCUAUCCCUGGAUGACUAUGAUGAAGUCAGUUUGCCGAAGAAUUAGAACCUUUGCUAGCACAGUUGAGAGAAUGGGUUUUGUGCCUACCAUGCCAUCUGAUCAUGAUGAUACUCAUAAGAAAAACAUCUUUCUUAAUGAUCAAAUGAUCUGGUAGGUAUUAAACCUAAUUCACUCCAUCUAGACCAGAGAUGUAAUUAUUCUCCUCCAAGGUGUGUGAAACAAAUUUAAUAUAUUUUGACUACUAUGGAAUAUAAGUGUGUAAUGGCCUAAUGGCCACUCUUUCAA